ACUAACUGCACGUACAGAUAUACGUAUUCACGCACAAACACAUACAUAAUAAUAGUAUAACUAUCUAUCCUCUCUACCGCUCUCUAUCUACAUAUCACUUUCUCUCUCAUUCUCUCUAAUCACACACACAAGCGCACACACACACACGCGCGCGCACACACACACACACACACACACACACACGCACAUACUGAUACCUACACACAGACAGAUACAAAAUCGUAUCACUAUCCGUCCUCUCUCCCACGCUCUAUCUACUUUUUUCGUUUUCCCUCUCAUAAACACACACACACACACACACACAUACACACACACACAAACACAGUUUCCUGCCCUCUCUCUACAGUCUAUUAUUCUAUCUCUUUCUGUAUAUAGUCUCUGCCUCUCUCUUUCUCCGUCUAUCACUCUCUGACCAAGAUAUAUUAUUUCUCAACAAAACUUUCAGCGAUAGCAUGAGAUGACUCUGUCACCUCUAAAUCAUGGACAAGUAAUAUCCCGAGGUAAUUUUCUCACAAUUGGUACUGAAGGCCAUGCAAAUCAUGCAUCACGGAGAAACAAUACCCUGAGGACACUUUCUCACAAUUAGUACUCAAGACUCUGUCAACCCUGCACCACGGAGAUGUAAUAAAAAGAAGACUUUUUCUCAAGUGGUUAACGUCUUCAGUUUUGAUUUUGCAUAACUUAAGUGGGAUUUUUUUAAAUAUCUUUCGUUCAUGGUGAAGAUUUCUCCUUCAAUGGAUUUCAUGGAGAUAACCUUCAAGGUGUGAACUCUUGGAAACUAUAAAGAAGACAAAAAAGUAAGAAGAAAAGGAAAAGAAAAUACUCGGAGACAUAGAGAAGACCCUACUCCCGCCACAACCACCACCACCACCACCACUACCUUCACCAACAACACCAAUACCACCACUACAUUGCCACCUCCACCAUCACCACCACUAUCACAUGGUAUCUUUUUGGUCCAUCAUGAAUUGUACGUCUCGUUAUGGUGAAUGAUGUAAUUGUUCUUACUCGAAUGAAGAUGAAACUAAAAAUUAGUCAGGAGCCAGAAAUGGUUCCCAGAUGUGAUGUGUGGAGAGGUUUGGUGUGUGAGGAAUAUCGUUAACUGAUUGAAGAGAGUGGUCUGCCAAAAAAUUAUCCAUAUCGGCAAGUAAAAUAAUUAAGAACAAACUCAGCAGCUACAACUACAAUAAUAACAACAACAGCAACAACAACAACAGCAAUUAUAAUGUUUUCUUUAUUUGCCACAAGGGGAACGUAUAAAGAACAAAGACAAUGCACAAAAACAGUCAGAGUUUUACAUUGCGUGUUGGCAUAAAAAAAGAAUUGCAGCUUAACAAAUAGAAAAGAUAUAAUGGAAUAUAUGCAAAACAUAAAUACCAUAUUUUCUUACGUAUAAGUCACACUCGUGCAUAAGUCACACUUGUAUAUAAGUUGCACUCAUGUAUAAGUCACACCCCAGUUUUUUCAGUUAAAACCAAGUAGUAAAUAGUGUGACAUAUACACGAGUAAAAACGGUGUGUGUGUGUGUGUGUGUGUAUAUAUAUAUAUAUAUAUAUAUAUGCAUGCGCGUGUGUGUGUGCAUGUGCGUGUGUAUCUGUGUGUAUAUGUGUGUGUGCAUAUCACUGAUCCAAAGGAUGGGGAUGGACACAGUAGUGCAAUUAAGGGCAGGCCAAAAAUCAUCAGCGUUCCCUUUAGCAUUAAGGCAAGGGGCCUCUCCAUGCUGUGAUGAUUCUGUAAACGGAAACUGAAAGUAGAUCUAACCAGCCAUACUGAGACACUCAUACACGUACAUACAUACACUCACCAACCUUAUAAUAAUAAUAAUAAUGUUCGUUUCACACGAUAUUGUUUCAGCUUUGUCUGUUUUGCUUCUUCUUGUCAUCCAUGUUGCUGGGGCACGUAUUUCUGUGACAAAUGACACAAGCUUAAGGUUACAUAAGCCUUCAUUCCGUCGCCAGCCCCAGCCUCUCCAAUAUGGCACACCAGGUGAGAAGAUGAAGUUUGUAUGUAAAGUCAGAGGUCACUCCAAGUUAAGUAUGUCCUGGUUCAAAAAUUCCCAGAUUCUGAAGCAAACCGCAGACCCUAACAAAAAUAGUUCCCGAAUUAAAGUUUCACGGAAUACUUUAGUGAUGAACCCUUAUAAAGCAGAGGAUUCUGGGAAUUAUUCUUGCAGAACAGAAACAAAAAAUGGUCAUAAACUGAGGUCAGAUUUCCGAGUUCUCACCAAAAAUCUUUCUCAGGUAGAGUCCAUAAAAACCGACCAAAUGCACAACAAAAGUAUUGAAGGUGAAAGUGAAGGUAAACCUCCAUUUUGGGUUCGUAAGGACAGAUCUGAUUUGUACUUUCCUGCAGGAUCACAGUUAAAACUCCGCUGCUACGCUGAUGGAAAUCCUGUUCCGAAAGUGAUAUGGAAGAAAGGGAAUCGUAUCAAAUGGGAGGGUCAAACGAUGAUAAUGAAAAAACUGGCCCCUAAACAUGAAGGGGAGUAUCAGUGUAUUGCUGAAAAUAAACAUGGCCGAAUUACUCAUCGAUACAAUCUACAUGUAAUCAGAGUAAGCAAGCAGGCACCACCUGUAGUUAAAGGCAUCACUAACCAAACCGUAGCUGAAGGUAGUGUUGCCAGGUUCAAAUGUGUUGUGAGUAGCGUAUCAUCGCCUUAUAUCGAGUGGUUGAAAGUAUCUUCGGUGAACACAACAGGAAGCACAAAUAUAAAACAGGAACUGUUUAUUGAGAAAAACCAGGCGACUGGGUUAUACGUGGUCUGGUUUGUCAUACAAAAUGUCACAGCAUCAGACACGGGUCGAUACAUCUGUCAGGCGUCAAAUGCCUCUGGUAGGGCAUCGAUGAGUGCAUGGCUUGGUCUGUCCGGUGAGACAGGCAGUAGUAAUGAUCCAAAUCAACCAUUCAUGGAUGAGUUAGCAGAAAACUCCCGUUCUUCGGGAUGUUCAAUGAUGCAACGGCGGUGUAAAGGUCGUGUCGGAGUAAUGUUAGCUGUUGUGAUAAUGGUUGUCAAUUUGGGCUUACGCUGAAUGGUAACACAUACAUGUAAUACAUAAAUACAUAUACAUAUCUACACAUAUAUGCACAUACACAUAUACAUACAGA